UUCGGUCUUUGCUGAUAAUCCUCGCUCCGCCUCAGCUGCUGCCAUCCUCAGCCCGCAGACCGUCCGCGGCUCCGUCCCGGUCAGAUUCACGGACCGAGAGCAGCGACUCCCACACCGACACGUCCAAGGAGCAGCAGGCGACAUACGGUUGUGUCUGUGAUUUGGCCUGUGGGGUGAAACAGUCGGCCGGCGUCCCGCAGCAGGAGACGCCCUCCAUCCUCAGCUGGGACCCUUUGAGCCAGGUGGACAUGCCGGGUGUACCUGUGUAAGCUGUCCAGCUGUCUCACCGACUCGUUAAUACCUGACCCAGGAUCUGGCUGCAGCCUCGCAAUAAUCCUCUAAAGAGCAUUACUAGGCUAAGUUUGGCCUUGGACUGUGACCGCGGCGAGGAAAGUCUUCACUUCAGAUCGCUCGCCAUGAUGCAGAUAUCUGAAUCCUACAACCAGAAAAACUCGCUCUUUAACGCCAUGAACCGCUUCAUCGGCGCCGUCAACAACAUGGACCAGACGGUGAUGGUGCCCAGCCUGCUGCGGGACGUCCCGAUGGAUGACGCGGAGGACGUGAAGGCGGUGAGGACCGCUAACAGCACCGACUACUUCCACCAGGACGGCGACAUGUACAGCUCAUACAUGCUGCUCAAGUCCAUCCGCAACGACAUCGAGUGGGGCGUCCUGCAGGGCGACGAGCGGCGGAAAGACAAGGCCGGCGUGACGGAGGUGCCCAGGCCGGAGACGGAGGAGGACGACCUGGAGAAGCAGUUUCAUUUCCACCUGAGCGGACUCCACUCGGUUCUGUCCAAACUGACGUGUAAGGCCAACACGCUGACGACCCGCUACAAGGAGGAGAUCGGCUGCAGGAACUGACCAAAGACCAAACCGUUUCCUGAAGCCACGAUCAGCCGCACGCGUGUUUCUGUACACGUUUUAGCUCCUUAACUACACGUCAGACACGGCUUUAAAUUCCAGAAACCAAAAAGAAAAAUGUGCAAAGACCCGAAGCUGAAGUUUACGAGUUAACAUUUCGAACAUCGGUGUUUGUCUUGCAGCUGCUUUUUACAGCAGACUCUAAAAUUGUCCUUAUUUUGUAUGAAGUCUGGGCUGUUUGUCCAGCUAUCAAACAUUAAAUAUCAAAGUGUCCUUGAACACAGCAGCCAGUCGUGUGCUGCUCUCAGCUCUCACACUGAGCGAGUUUGAAGGAAGGAAGUGAAUCUGCAAACUGAUGGAGAAAACAUUUGUAGUCAAUGAGCUAAAAUGUGCAAAAGUUUGGUCCAUGGAAAAGCAUUAAUCUGAAGCACAGGGACUGAGGGACGGCGAGCGGACAGACGGCUGAGGGACGGCGAGCGGACAGACGGCUGGAAGCAUGUUUGGUCUUUUUGCUUCAGGCUGUUUGCAGGGUUUGCGUCUGUUGUCUUCCUGUUUGUCUUUUCUUCCCGAUGUCCUUCGUGUGAGCCCACAACUAUGCAAACGUGUUGGAGGGAGUCUCAGCUGACAUGAUGGCGGUUUGGAUCAGCUCAGCCAAUCACACGUCCUGCUUCAGGACUGACUUCACUGACAGGUGAAAGUGAACUUCAGGGCUGUUGAUGAAAUGUUUCUGCUUGUUGUUGAAGCUUCUAAAACGUGUUUCAGUCUGCUCGUACACCGAAACGUUUGAGUGUCGGCCUGUCGGUCGUUCUGUUGUUUGUCAGGAAGCGAGUCUGGACCUCAGGAUCCGCUUCGUGUUCGGGUUUGUCCCGACGGUCCGACAGGAAACGGCUUCACUUUCACUUUGUCUUUCUGUUGUUUCUUUAAGUUUGGCUCGUGAGAAGCUUUAAAUUCAAAAAGUAAAAUGAUGUUAAUUUAAAGUCUGAGGAAUAAAAAGUAAAAAGAGCAGCUUGGCGGCCUGAUGUGUCUGGAGACUUGAGCGGUUUGGCGGAGUGUGUGUGAGUGUGUGUGUGUGUGUGUGUGUGAAAACGACGCUGACUCCACAGAGCUUCGCAUUUUUCUAUUUAAUGUCCAGCAAUUAAAGGUUUUCACUCGUGA